UUUAAAUCAAAUCACGCCUAAACGCAUAAAGUGUCAGUAGCCUAUCGUCUGUAAAUAUGAGUUUUAAAGUUCAGCCAAGUGGUUUUGAUACUAAAGCUAUUCACGCAGGACAGAGUCCUGAACAAUGGAAGAGCGCUUGCGUAAUACCCCCAAUAUCCUUAAGUACCACGUUUAAACAAGAUGCGCCGGGUGAGCACAGGGGAUAUGAGUAUUCGAGAAGUGGUAACCCUACAAGGAACGUUUUGGAGACCUGUUUGGCUGCGCUUGACAAUGCCAAGUAUGGCCUUACAUUUUCUUCUGGACUCGGAGCCACAACUGCUGUGUUGACAAUGCUGAGUAGUGGAGAUCACAUUAUUCUCGGCGAUGAUGUGUACGGUGGAACAAAUCGACUUGUGAGACAAGUAGCCUCACGCUUGGGAAUAUCAGCCACCUUUGUGGAUCCAACAAACUUGGAAAAAUUGAAAGCUGCAAUUCAACCUGGUACAAAGCUGAUAUGGAUCGAAACUCCGACCAAUCCUUUAAUUAAAGUUGCGGAUAUAAAAGAAAUAGCAACUAUGUGCCAUGGCAUCAGAGAAGAUUUAAUAUUAGCAGUGGACAAUACGUUUUUGACCUCAUAUUUCCAAAGGCCUCUUGAAUUGGGUGCCGAUUUGGUUUGUUAUUCACUUACCAAAUACAUGAAUGGGCAUACUGAUGUUGUAAUGGGUGGAAUCACCAUGAAUUGUGAUAAGCUGCAUGGCAGUCUGAAGUUUUUGCAAAAUGCUAUUGGCAUUGUUCCGUCCCCAUUCGACUGCUACCAAGUGAAUCGUAGUCUUAAAACUCUUUCACUCCGAAUGAAGCAACAUCAACACAACUCCAUUAAAAUAGCAAAGUAUCUGGAAACACAUGAGUUUGUAGAAAAAGUACUGCACCCCGCUUUACCUUCUCACCCUCAGCACCACAUCGCGUUAAAGCAAACCUAUGGGUACAGCGGAGUGUUUUCCUUUUAUAUUAAAGGGGAAUUAAAGCAGUCUAGCGCAUUUUUAAAAGCUCUACAAGUCUUUACAUUAGCUGAGAGUCUCGGAGGAUACGAAAGCUUGGCUGAAUUGCCAUCCGUAAUGACGCAUGCAUCUGUUCCAGCGGAAGACAGGAAGACCUUAGGAAUCACUGAUGGCCUUAUUCGACUUUCGGUUGGUCUUGAGGAUGCCGAUGAUUUGAUAAAUGACUUGAGUCAGGCCCUUGACAUUGCAUCAAAAAUCUAAAGUACUCUGAGGAUAAAAAUAUGUUUGCAUAUUUUUGAUUUGUGCAUGAUCGGAUUAUGUCCAGUUACUGAGGCUAUAAGCCUCCUAGCACCCAAAUCAGAUAAAGUGCAUUUUGUGAAGCA